CCGGAGAAGACGAAGAUUUUGUUCAGAAUCAGAUUCGAGUUUUUUUUUUUAUAAAACACGACGAAGACGUUCGUUCAGGGGGAGCUGAAAAAAGGCAAAGAGAGAAGAAGAAAGAAAGAAACAGGACCAAAAGAUGUUUUCUUGCAUAGCUUGUACCAAAGCAGACGGAGGUGAAGAACUCGAACAUGGAGCGCGUGGUGGUGGCACCACUCCCAAUACUAAAGAAGCCGUCAAAAGCCUUACCAUACAGAUCAAAGAUAUGGCUUUAAAAUUCUCUGGUGCUUAUAAACAAUGCAAGCCAUGCACUGGUUCCUCUAGCAGCCCUUUAAAGAAAGGACAUAGACAUUUCCCGGAUUAUGAUAAUGCUUCUGAAGGUGUUCCUUAUCCUUACAUGGGUGGAAGUGCUGGCUCAACUCCUGCUUGGGACUUCACAAAUCCAGCAGGACGGUCAGAAUCAAAAUUUACAUCGAUAUAUGGGAAUGAUCGAGAAUCUAUCUCUGCACAGUCUUGUGAUGUGGUACUGGAUGAAGAAGGGCCUAAAGAGUGGAUGGCUCAAGUAGAACCCGGUGUUCAUAUCACAUUCGCUUCGCUUCCUACUGGAGGAAACGAUCUCAAACGGAUCCGGUUCAGCCGGGAGAUGUUUGAUAAGUGGCAAGCUCAACGGUGGUGGGGUGAGAACUAUGACAAGAUUGUUGAGCUUUACAAUGUACAAAGAUUUAACCGCCAAGCUCUACAAACGCCUGCAAGAUCCGAGGAUCAGUCACAGAGAGAUUCAACUUACUCAAAGAUGGAUUCAGCUAGAGAAAGCAAAGACUGGACUCCAAGACACAACUUCAAACCUCCAGGAAAUGUCCCACAUCACUUCUAUGGCGGCUCUAGCAACUAUGGACCAGGAAGUUAUCACGGUGGACCUCCAAUGGAUGCAGCAAGAACCACCACUUCAUCCAGAGAUGAUCCACCAUCCAUGAGCAAUGCUAGUGAAAUGCAGGCUGAGUGGAUCGAAGAGGAUGAACCCGGUGUUUACAUUACCAUCAGACAAUUAGCAGAUGGGACUAGAGAGCUACGUCGAGUCAGAUUCAGCCGGGAACGAUUUGGAGAAGUGCAUGCAAAGACAUGGUGGGAGCAGAACAGAGAGAGAAUACAAACACAGUACCUCUAAGAAAAAACAAUAUGAGUCGUCUCUCUACCAAAUCUUUAAUUAAUUAAUCUCCUUCACACAACAAUACAGCUAUACACAUUUUGCUAA